AUGGGCGAGCAAGAGAAGGCCAGGACCUCCGGCGAGAUACAGCCUGGUGCUGCCGCUGGGCCGGCCAUGGCCAUGGAGAUGGAGGACAGAAAGGACGAUAGCCAGACACUGCCGACUGUCAACCCGGCGGCGACGAAGAGCGAACCGCCCAAGCCUUCGUUCCAUCCGGCUUUCUACGUGAUUUCUUGGAUUACGAUGAGUUCGGCGGUUAUUCUGUUUAACAAGGACCUGCUCGAUAAGAAGCAGAACAAAUUCCCCGUCAUCCUUACAACAUGGCAUCUUGCGUUUGCGGCCUUCAUGACCCAGGUACUAGCACGAACCACCAACCUCCUCGAUGGACGGAAGAAGGUUAAGAUGACUGGCCGUGUCUACCUCCGUGCCAUAGUGCCAAUUGGCUUCUUCUUCAGUCUGAGCUUGAUCUGUGGAAACAAGACGUACCUCUAUCUCAGCGUUGCCUUCAUUCAGAUGCUCAAGGCCACUACCCCUGUUGCCGUGUUGCUCGUUACCUGGGCCCUCAGCAUCUCCCCACCUAACAUGAAAGUGCUUCUGAAUGUAUCUUUCAUCGUCAUUGGCGUUAUCAUUGCCUCCUUUGGCGAGAUCCACUUCGUCAUGGUCGGAUUUAUCUUCCAAAUUGCUGGUAUCGUCUUCGAAGCUACUCGUCUCGUCAUGGUGCAGCAGCUCCUUAGCGCUGCUGAGUACAAGAUGGACCCCUUGGUCUCGUUGUACUACUUUGCCCCGGUCUGUGCCGUCAUGAACGGCGUGGUUGCAUUGUUCAUGGAGGUGCCGGAUUUGACUAUGGACCAUAUUUACAAGGUCGGGGUUAUCACCCUCUUGGCCAACGGCAUGGUUGCCUUCCUUCUCAACGUCUCCGUCGUUUUCCUGAUCGGCAAAACUUCUUCUCUUGUUUUGACCCUCUGCGGUGUCCUCAAGGAUAUUCUUCUCGUCACUAUUUCUGCUUUGUGGUGGAAGACUCCCGUCACUCCUCUCCAGCUCUUUGGCUACACCAUUGCCCUGGGUGGUCUGAUCUACUACAAGCUAGGCGUCGAGAAGAUGAAAGAGUACACCAACCAAGGUCUCCGCCAAUGGGCAGAGUACUCCUCCACUCACCCGGCUAGAAGUCGCCUCAUUCUCAUUGGAAUGGGUGUCCUCGUCCUCAUCAUCCUCAUGUUCCAGUUCGGAGGCUCCGUUGACCCCAAAGUUGUCAAGGGAAUGCUUCCAGGCAAAGUCUCCGGGCAGUAA